AUGAAUAUAGACUCCAAGGAGAUUUUAUGCCUGGAUACGCAAACUCCCAAGGUUUGGGAACAACUUCUGACAGAAAAAGUGGAGGCAGAAAGUCAUCUCCAAAUGCAGGAAUCCAGACUGAAAUGCAGUAAUCCACUGGCAAGAGAGAUCUCCCGAAGGCACUUUUGACAGUUCUGCUACCAGGAGACUCCUGGACCAAGAGAGGCUCUCACUCGACUCCGGGAACUUUGCUACCAGUGGUUAAGGCCACAUGUGAGCACAAAGGAGCAGAUCCUGGACCUGCUAGUGCUGGAGUAGUUCCUGUCCAUCCUGCCCCAAGAGCUGCAGGGCUGGAUGCAGAAACACUGUCCAGAGAGUGGGGAAGAAGCAGUGAUUUUGCUGGAGGAUCUGGAGAGAGAGCUUGAUGAACCGCAACACAAGGUGGUAGCCUACAGACAGGAACAAGAAGUCCUUUCUAAAGGGACAGUGUCUCUGGAAGCACAGAUGUCGCUGGCCCUUCAGUCCCAGCCUAAGGAGCCCCAACUCACACGUGACCCUGCUCAGGAGCCCCACCCUGUCGGAGAGACAGGUGGAAUGACCCAGACUAAGGACAGAGAGUUGGUGCUAAGGAAACAUUGUUGUAAGAGAGUGGAACCAUGUGGGAAAGUGUCUUAUGGACAGACCUGGGAGGAAUCACAGCAGGGGCCCCGACAUGGAGUCAGUGAACAUAAGGGUGGGAUAGACAGGCACUGGGGAAGGCCUGUAGGAACCGGACCACACAGAUGUGAGGAAUGUGGAAAGAGGUUUGCUCAGAGCUCGGGUCUGGUUCGACAUCAAAGAGUUCACACUGGAGAAAGACCCUAUGAGUGUAAUGAGUGUGGGAAAACCUUCAGUCGGAGUUCGGGUCUUCUUAACAGAGGAAUCCAUAAUAUUCAGAAACGGUACCAUUGUAAGGAGUGUGGAAAGGCCUUCAGCCAGAGAGCUGGUCUCAUCCAGCACCAGAGAAUCCAGGGAGAAAAGCCAUAUCAGUGCAGCCAGUGAAACAAGAGCUGCAGUCGGUGCUCGUUUCUCAUCGAGCAUCAGAGAAGCCACACAGGGGAGCGCCCUCACCAUUGCAACCAGUGUGGGAAGAGCUUUAACCGCCACUGCAACCUCAUCUGCCCAAAGAUCCACCUGGUGGCUGAGCUGAUCUAA